AUGCCCAGCACUUUCGAAACUCAGCUUUUUUUUUCUAGACCCUUUCUGUCUAAAAGGCAAAUCCAAAGGGCCCAGAGGAAUACGAUUCCAGAUUAUCGAAAUUACAACCAGAAAAAACUAGCUGUGUUCAAGUUCUUAAGUGAUUUGUGCGUUCAGUUGAAAUUUCCGCGGAAGACUUUAGAGACUGCAGUAUAUUUUUACCAAAGGUAUUACCUCUUCAAUCGUUUCGAAACAGAACUUUGUUACACUGUAGCGACAAGCUGCUUGACCUUGGGCUGCAAAGAAGUUGAGACGAUUAAGAAAAUUAACGACAUAUGCACUUUAUCAUUGCGAUUGAGAAACGUGGUCAAAAUCAACGCUGAGAUUUUGGAGAAUUUCAAAAAAAGAGUAUUUCAAAUUGAACUUCGAAUACUGGAGUCAUGUUCAUUCGACUAUAGAGUGAACAAUCAUGUCCAUAUCGAUGAAUAUGUUAUCAAAAUUGGCAGAGAACUAUCGUUUGACUAUAAAUUAUGCAACUUGGCUUGGUUGAUUGCCUAUGAUGCCUUGAAAUUGGAGACAAUCUUAGUCAUACCCCAGCAUUCUAUCGCACUGGCCAUUUUAAGGAUAGCAUAUGAAUUACUAGACAACAAGAAUUGGUCGAGUAAACGGUAUUCCUUAUUCGAAUCGGAUGAAAACUCUGUAAAUGAAGCUUAUUUUGAUAUAGUAAAUUUUUAUAUCAAUUCAUUUGACCUUUGCGAUUUACAACGUCAUUUACCGGAAGGUGUGCCGCCAGUUGGCAUCGAAAGGUUUAUGGAAUUGAAAAAAAAUGCAGGACGAGAAUUCGGUUUGCCGCAAAUAUCUGAUCACGUGUUGAACGCGGAUUCUUAUAUCACUAUUACCAGGGAUAGCAAUGUUCAGGAAAGGAGGUACGUGCUGUCAUUAGAUUUAAUUAAUGGUGAAUCCAGUAUCGUCAACUCGACAAGACAUGCAUAG